UACUGCCCUGUAGGAGCUUGAAGUGAAGACGCUGGUGCAGAUCAGGAAAAGUGUGAAGAGAGGUGUUGGCGAUUUGGAUCUUUUGAAACGCCCUCAACUGCUCUUCUAUGUUUCCAAGUGAAACCAUUAAAGGCUUGCAUUCAGCCAACACUGAAUUACAUACUUUCUUGAUUGUUCUCCAAGCUUUUUUUCCUCAAUACUUGGUUACGCGACAAUAACGCAGGCAUCCUAGUUCACAUUCAGGACAAGUGACGUGAACGUUCUUCGAAAUUAUAGGUAAAAAAUGACGCCAAGCGAAAGCGUAUCCUCAUUGGCUGAUCUCCGGCAUUGUCUGCGUGUACAUUUGAAAAUUUCGCCAACUGGAAAGAGAGGGAGGCAGCAGGAUUAACUCGCUAACUAGAAAAUAAAGAAAACAUCGCCAGAGAGUCAUGGGACGACCAAAGAGGACGACCAAACAACGUAAAAACCCCAAAUUGGACAAAUUGGAGGCUUUUCUCGAAGAUUUCGACAGUGAGGUUAAAACCGUAGUUGAAAGGCUGAAGGAGAAGACAAACAGCCUCCUGAAAGAUGCAGACAACUUCUACAACAUGGCUGUGAUCAAGCUGCCAAAGGCAGUGAGACAGAUGAACUGGCUUGAGCAUUGUGGGUCAGAGAAACCAAAGUCACCCGUGUCACCAGUGGAGGAUGCCAAGAAAGUAGAGGAGGCUGCCCAAGUUGAGAGUGUUAUGGCUGAAGUCCAUACUAUUCCCCCCAAGACUGUUAAAAAAGCAAAGUUGAAAAGGGGUGGAGCCAGGACAAGUUCAGAGGAUGAGGAGAACACUUUUACGGCCACAGGGAAGAAGGGUAAAUCAACUAGGAAACCUCCAACGUCAAAGAGAGCCAAAGCACUGUCAGUCAGCAAGCGGAACUCGUCCAUCAGAAAGUCCAGUAGGAAGCCACUGGUCACUCCUUCCAGGAACAUGUUGGACAGUUCCCUCAUGGGCACUACCCCUCUCAUCACACCACGCUUUGACUCCAGGCUUCCCAAGACCCCAGCGGUGAGGAUACCCCGCCACAAGGAGAGGGUUUACAGUAUCUCGGUCAAUGGCUCCCCCAUCUCAGGAGGCGGUAAUGAUAUCGUCAUCAAUGUUCCUGUGGGGAAUGGAGAGUGCAUUCAGCUGCUGGCCAGUCAGAUGGACACUGUGGACCUGGGACAGCUGGAUGAGACAGCCAUGAGGAGCAUCCGUCUGCUUCAGAACCGCCUCACAACACUGUGUGAAUCCUCCGAAUGACCUCUUCAGUGUCUUUUUUGUUGUUGUACAAGAACCCCCCCCCCCCAAAAAAAAUGUUUUUUUUCUCUGUAUAUUUCUCUUUUAAUACAUAGUUGUUAAUAGCUGUCAUGUCUGCUUUUGUGUAGUUAUCUUAGCGCUCUUUAUUGUUAUGGUUUAAAUGUUUUAAAAUGGAUGCCAAGCACGUGGGACUAUACAGGCUAUUUUUCAGGGAUGCAGUCUUCCAUAUAAAAUACAUUUAAAAUGAGCAACAUUAAUAAACCCUAACUACACUUCCCCUCGAAUAGUCUAACAUGUUUGAAAGUUACUUGCGUGCCCUGUGAGUGAAAGAGAAGGAUAUGCUGCAUGCCUUCGUCUCAUCAAUAACACUUUGUCGGCCCUCUUGUGGUUGAGGUUUGCCAGUUCAACUUGUACUGUUAGUGUGGAUGUGGAAAUAAGAGGUCCAUGCAUUUUAGAAUUAUUCAGUGACAUUUUACAAUACUUUGUUUUAAUGUAAAUAUGCCAUUUUGUUCACUUUUCUCAAAGUGAACUCUUUCAACUCUGGUGAAUGUCUUAUUUGUGUGGUGGAAGUUGGGGAACCACUGCUUGCUGUUGUUUGGGGUGGUUGUUUGUAGCCUAGAUGAAGAUCCUGGGGUAGUACUGGUAAUACAGUACAGAAAUACAACCACCUUUUCAUGUUU